GUGGUGCUGAAUCUCUGCUCCGGACAGUGUGCUCACCAGAGGGCAGGGCAGCCUCUGGUGCCAAGAGGUGGUGCUGACUUUGUCUUUCAGACCUGAGAUCUUCAAUGAGGACAGCCAACCACACAGAAGUAAGAGAGUUUACUUUCCAAGGUUUCUCCAACUUCCAAGAGCAUCAGCUCACACUCUUUGUGGUGUUCCUUGCCCUGUACAUUCUAACCCUGGCUGGCAAUGUCAUCAUUGUGACUGUUAUCCACUUUGACCAUCACCUCCACACCCCCAUGUACUUCUUUCUAACUGUCCUCUCUACAUCGGAGACUUUCUACUCCCUGGUCAUCAUCCCACGCAUGCUUGCCAGUCUUGUAGGCCUGAGCCAAUCCAUUUCCCUGGAGGGCUGUGGGACUCAGCUUUUUUUCUUCCUUGGCUUUGCCAUCACCAACUGCCUCCUGUUGGCAGUAAUGGGGUAUGAUCGCUAUGUGGCCAUCUGCAACCCACUUCGUUACUCAGUCACCAUGAACUGGAGGGUCUGUGUCACACUGGCGUCCUUGGUCUGUGCCACAGGGUUCUCUCUCUCGCUGGUUCAGGCUGUGGCCAUUUUCAGACUGCCCUUCUGUAGGACACGGAUUGAGCAUUUCUUCUGUGAUGUUCGUCCUGUGUUAGACUUGGCCUGUGCUACCCCCGUCAUCAAUGACAUCCUGACCUUAAUUAUCAGCCUCUUGGCCAUCACAGCCCCUGCCACCUUCCUCUUCAUCUCCUACGUCCUCAUCAUAUCCACCAUCCUCAAGAUCGCCUCGGCCGAGGGCCGGAAGAAGGCCUUUGCCACCUGCGCCUCCCACCUCACUGUGGUCGUUGUCCACUACGGCUGUGCCUCCAUUGCCUACUUCAAGCCCAAGUCAGAGAACACCAAGGAUCAGGACCAGCUGAUCUCAGUGACCUACACUGUCAUCACACCUUUACUAAACCCUGUUGUAUACGGUCUAAAAAACAAAGACGUCCAGGAUGCUCUGCGGAGAAUGGUGGGUAGGAAAUCUCUUUUCUUCAGGUGAAAUCCUACCCAAAUAGGUGUGCAUGCCUUCCAGAAGGAAGCCUAUGUAAGUCAAGUCACAGAGCCAAGAUUUCAAAUGAUUGGUGAAGUCUCAUACAUCACUGUUGGGACCAGGGCAAAAGUGGAGCUGGGGGCUAGACUCUAAUAAUUGAUUUUUACUUCCUCAGUCACUCUACAGACCUGUAAACAGACACCCGCUGGCCCUAUUCCAGGAGAUAAUUACAAGGUCAGAAUGUGAUCUAGUGUUCAUCUCAAACUUAAAGUGACUGGCCCACUUGGCUGAAGUAUAAGCCACACUAAAAUUGCCACUCCACUGAAUCUUCUUGGAUGCUUGGACAAGAAGGUCACUGGGAAGGAUACUGUACAGAAAUUGAAAUGCCCUGGGUUUUAACAAGAUAAGCAGAAUGAAAAUACAGGUAUCUUUUAGGAAAUGGGUUUGGAGUGCGCUAACAGCCUUCUAGAGAGAAUCUUUUCAAGCAUGUGGGAUCCAAAGGGAAGGGAACCAGGGCGCGAGGAAUGAGGGCAUUGGGUGGAGAGGACUCCUAAGCACAUCUGAUGCACGUGGGACCCACAUGACUUGGUCUGAUCCUUCACUUCUCAUGGCUGAACAUAUGACACAUGAAGAAGUCCUUAGAGGGCUGGAAGAAGUAUCUCUUGCAUGGACAGGUUGCACAGCAGGCUCAGAGAAAGAGAAGACCAACAGCUCAGGGAGAAAACUGCUGAAAGAACAUUAUGAAAUUGGCUAAAAAGAAAGAAAAAUUAGAACCAGAUCCAAACUGGAGUUUCCUGUGAUAGGAGAGUAGAAGCCUGGGGAACAUGGGAAGGGUCAGAGAGCAGUGGUCCUCUCCUGCCCUUUGUAAGCUAAGUCACAAAGGUAAAGAAAGAGAAUGAAGUAGAAAUAUGAAAAAGAGUCAGCAUGAUACCCUUCGGAUAAAUUAGAUAAUUUCAUUAGCACUGAAAACCUGGAAAAAGUCAACAGUAAAGGAUUUGGACAUGAAAACUUCUGUGAAAUGAAAGCGACUGAGUUAGAAAUGAAUAAAAGACUAUUCACUGUUCCUCACCUCAAAAAAAUAAAAAAGAAUUAGGGUGAACUUGAGAUUUAAUUUGUGAAACAAAAUAGGUGCUAAAUAAAACUAUAGUGACUAAUAUUCAUAAUUACUAAGCAAAUAAGUUA